AUGGAAGUUUCAACAAGUUUGAUCACUAAGAUGAACUUCAUAACACUCAAUGUUGCUCUUACUUAUGCGGGGUCCUUAAACUAUGGUGUUGUUUUGGACCUGCAUGAUUACAUUCAAGAAGUGCCAGGAGAGAAAGUUGCUCCUCUCUACACUACGGUGCUUGGGAAGGAUUCCUCAGUUAGAGUUGAGGCGGAGGCCACCGUAAGAGUUGGAGUUACAGUGGUUGCUCAGGGGACUAGCGGAAAGGAUAAGGGGUCGAUGUCAGUGGGAAGAGAUAUUGCAAGAUCGUCUAGGCGGGCCGAGCCAGAGCAUUUGCUUCUGACUGGUCCUUCUAUGGAUGUUGACGAGGAAAAGGUUACUUCAAAGAGAGAUACUGCGUCAGAUGGGACUUGUAUAAUGUAUGGAGUGUUUGAGAUUGUCCAAGAAGGCUAUGAACAACUAGGCUCCAAUCCAACAAAAAGACAACAGGCAGCCUUCAAAGAUUGCAAGAAAAGGGACGACAAGACAUUGUUCUAUAUCCAACAAAGUGUGGACUCAAAUAACUUUGAGAAGAUUUCAAAGGCAUCUACAUCAAAUAAGGCAUGGGAUAUCUUAGUCAAGUACUAUACAGGUGGGGGAAAUGCCAAGAAAUUGAAGCUCCAAAUGCUAAGAAGGAAAUAUGAAUUGUUGCAGAUUGAAGAAGAUGAAAUUGUGGCUGAUUACUUCAAUCGUGUGCGGGAAAUUAUUAAUCAGAUGAGAACUAAUGGUGAACCAAUAACUGAAGUGGUGAUUGUUGAAAAUAUUCUGAGAACAUUAACACAAAGGUAUGGUCAUAUUGUAGUAGUUAUUGAAGAGUCAAAACAUCCUGAUAAGAUGCUCAAGCUAGCAAGAAGAUCGGUCAAGAUGAUGGGAAGCACAAGAAAGGAAACAGAAAAUUCAAGUGGUACAAGAAGCAUGAGUUUGAUGAAGGGGGCUGGAAGUUCAAGAAAUCAGCAAAACAAUGAAUGCAUAUCUAAGAAAGUACAAAGAGAUGAUGAUGAAGCUCAGUUGGUCCAGGCAGAUGAUUCUAAUUCUGAUGAAGUGUUGUUUAUGGCUGCUACAGGCACAAAGGAUGAUUGCCUAGAAUUGUGGUACCUUGACACAAGGUGCUCAAAUCACAUGACUGAGCAUAAAGAGUGGUUUGUAAUCAUUGAUAAGAAGGUGAAAAGGGAGAUCAAAUUCAUAGACAAUAUCACAAUGACAACUGAAGGAGUUGGCAAGGUAUUGAUUCAAAGAAGAGAUGACAAACAAUCUUUCAUAUGUGAUGUGUGGUAUGUGCCAAAUAUGAAAAAUAACCUAUUGAGCCUUGGACAAUUGCUGGAGAAAGGAUACUCUAUGAAUAUGGAAAAUGGACAAAUGAAAAUGUUUGAAAGUUCAAAGAGGCUUGUCUUGAAGACACCAUUGUCCAAAAACAUAACCUUCAAAAUGGAAAUUCAAAUCAGUGAGAAUCAAUGCCUAGCUACUGAAGUCAGGAGUGAAGACUGGCUGUGGCACCAAAGGUUUGGACACUUGAACUUUAGGAGUCUCCAAAUGCUGUAG